UUUCUGGUCUAACCUAUGAUGUAAGUCUCAGGAAGGUAAACUGUUACUCUGCUUAUGAGUUAUACUAUACUGAGGCGACAGGAGGAGGUCUCAUGUUUGGCGGAGAUGACGCUGCUUGAAGCGUCCCAAUAUCUUCCUGCUGUUCAGUUCCUCUCCAUCUCCGCAGCUGCUUGUUUUGUCUUUCUUCUUUUAUGUAUUGGCAUUAGAGCAGUUACAUGCACUUGGGCCACUCAACCAUCAUGGAGAACUAACAAAACUGGGCCGUCGAAUGGCUGAAUUUCCCAUUCAUCCCAUGAUGGCAAAAAUGAUCCUUGCAUCAGAAAAGUAAGUUACUUGAUAUGCCGGCAUGCAGUUAACAGUCCUAAUUUGAGCAAGAUGGAGGCCGCUAAUACUUCAAAGGAAUGUGGCUCUGAUAACUUUCGGUAUAAUUGUGAAGAAUCAUAUUCUGGCCACUGUCUGAAGUGUAUAUAUUUAGAAGAACAAUUUCAAGAGACGCUGUCUGAGUUAAAUUCACUGAAAUUGGCAAUCAAACUUUUUUAUAGUGAAAUAAAUAUGACUCAUACUGGAAAUGAGGUUAGAUUUAAUCCUGGUAUAACUUCUGAUGAAACAUCAUCCCCUACAUGGUGUAAUGUUAAUACUAAGCAUACUAAAUCAGACAAUAAACCAAGAAGGUUUGAGAGUUUACAAUCUAUUGAACCUGUAGCAACUGUUAAUAGAUUUGCACCAUUAUCAAAUCUUCCAGACAAUAUACCAAAAAGUGAUAAAAUAGUGACAUGUGAUGUUAGAAGAUUGGAUUCGACUACCCCUAAAGCUAAAAAGAUAAGGAAACUUGAUCAAUGUUUUAUUUAUAAACGACAUGAAAGUCAGUGUAAUCAGCAUUGCCCUUGCCAGGCGGUGACAGCUACCAACAUGGAGGCUGGAAGUGUGAACUAUCAGAGAAGUGGUAUCAAAUAUUAUCAAAUACAGACUAUCAUCAAUGGGUAUAUAAACCCUCCACAAAUGAGUGUCCCUAGUAAACCUCUGAUAGGGGAUAGUAACGAAAAAUUUAGUAAAAUAAAGAGGGAACAUAAAGUUUUAAUUUAUGGUGACAGUCAUGCACGGGGUCUAUCUGCAAGGUUAAAAAAUAAAUUACCAGAUGCAUUUGAGGUUACAGGUUAUACUAAACCAAAUUGUGGCUUACAGACUUUACUUUCUACUACAAACCAAGAGAUUGUAAGCUUAAGCAAUAACGAUGUACUUGUUAUUGUAGGAGGUAUAAAUGACUUGAACAGUGAUAAUUCUUCAAGGGUUCUAUGGCAUAUUUCUCAAUUUGUUAAGCAAAAUUCGCAGACAAAUAUUAUAUUAUUAACAGCAGCCCAUCGUUAUGAUCAGUCAGUAAAUAUAUAUAUAUAAACGAGGAAAUUAUAAAAUUUAACAAGAAAUUAUGGAAGUAUGUGAAACUUAAUAAGCAUGUUAGUAUCUUGAAAACUUCACAAGAUAGAGAUUAUUUCACUAGGCAUGGCUUACACCUUAAUAGGCAAGGUAAAGAAAUUAUCUGUAGUCAACUUGCUUCAAGUAUCGGGGAAUUGUUUCAGCAUAUUCAGGUUUUGCUGGGGAAACAAUCAAACUAUUACAUUGGAGAUGGAGUCUCCCAUAGCUUGUAAUGAUCUUAAUAACAUUCUGUUAAAUGAUGAGGGACAUGAUGGUACAAAGGGAAGGAACACAAUGUAUGUAGAAUAUCCAAGAGACAAAAAAAGGUACCCGUGAUUAGAACAGAUGAUUUUUUAUGGAAAAUCUAAAUAUAAACAUAAACAGAAAGGCAAAUAACGAAUGUGUUACGACCGAUCACAAGGUACCUUUUAUGGUAUAUCAUCAAAAUAUUAGAUCAAUUAGUGGUAAAAUUGAUGAGUUACUAAGUUUUCUGGCAAAUGAAUAUCCACAUAUUCUUUGUCUUAUGGAGCAUCAUUUACAUGAAAUGGAAA